AUGAAAAGUAAUCUCGUAAAAUACGUAAUAUACAGUAUACUGCCCAUAGUAUCAAUAACAGGAGGAGAAACGUUCAUAGUAACAGCAAAAUCGAUCACACUAACACCAAUAUAUCGCACAAAACUAAGUAAGAUUAAGCUACAAGAGACCUCGGAAACAAUAAACACAGUUUCAGAGCUAGUGGCACGCAGGUUUGAAAAGAACAAGGAAGAUAUAGAUCCAGAGCUCAAUUUCUUCAAAGAGUUUGGAGCAGAUAGACUCGAUGAAGUUGAGCUGUUAAUACUACUGGAGGACGAGUUUGAUUUAUCAAUACCAGACAACCAAUUUAAAACGCUGAGAACAGUAAAGGAAAUAUCGAAGUACAUAGACAGUAAAAUACAAGGAAAAAAGAUAAGCCCAGUACUUGGCUGA